UUGAUGUAAAUUCAUUAUUUGUUUUAUAUACCUACAUUAUUGGUGUAUUAUAUUGAGUAUUCUCUUGUAUAAAACCCGUUAAUUUAUUCGUAACGUCCAUGGCGCCCAAAAAAGAACCUAAAGUUGUCGAGCCACCGGAUGAAAACGCUUGGAAAACAGUAAUUCAAGAAGCACCGAUAGAUGACGAAACUUUUGCGGUUAAAGUAGUAGUACUCGAAUCUGCUGGUAGUGAACAAGAACGGAUUUAUCUCAACAAAUUUGAAAUAUUUGCCGCUGAAGAAAAGCGAUUUGUCAUCAAAAACAUUUGUAAAAGUGAGACAAUAUUUAUGAUUAAUCAAUUAGGUGCGGAAAAAAAAGUUAAAGAUGAAAAUCUUAGAGUUUUUGAAGAAGCUCAGUCGUAUCUGAAAGAUAAGAAAGACAUUCCAUCAGAUAUAUUAUCUUUAGUAAUUAAACAUCUUAUUAUGAAAAUGAAAGACGAGUAUCUCUAUAUUCAACGCCAAAAACUUGACGUUAAGCUUGGCAUGCAAAGAGAAUCUGCCACUAUGCUCGAGCCAGGAGAAGUGAAGGGUACUGCAACUUCAAGAUCACGCUUAACCUCCCCUCACAGCAGGAGUCGAAUGUUGAAGGAAGGCGACGGCGACAGUCGUCCGGACAAUAAGAAAUACAAAACCCAACUUAGAGUUAGGGGCGAGGAAUGGAGAGAUAAAGUAUACGUUGACGACUAUCCGACCGACGGACCCAAUAUUUAUGUUGCUAUAACGGGAUUUGUAGACCCUUAUCUACCAUCGUGGUUAGUUAAAGCUAACAUACCAUUGACAGCAAUAGUGCAAGUAAGAAUAGAUCCAUUGAACACUUCAAUACCGUCCAGUUUAUUACGAACCACAAAAAGAGGUCAAAGUCUCACUGAAAUAUUAACUGAAAAAUCUAUGAAAUUUUGGGAAGAGUUACAGUCAUUACGAAUUCGAAAAGAGACUGUUGACUGUUUUAAGGAGACUGCUUUUAUUGUAUUUUCUCCUCCGUAUUGGAAUUCAGAAAAUCUGUCUGGAAAUCCCGAUAAAAUAUAUGACGAACUGUGUUAUCUAAUGUAUGACAUUCAGGAUUUAUCUAGACAACAUAUUCAUUACAAAGAAAACAUGGACCUUAUUAGUAUACCCGUUGACGUUGGCAAUGCGCGUCUCAACAGACAAUAUGAACAACAAAUUUUUGACUUACCUCUGGAAUGUGUGACCAUGUAUACAUUUCUAGAUAUUCUUCUUCAAACAGCAUGCAACCCUCAGGAUAAUGAUGAUGAGACUAGUAGAAGUUCUUUAUCAACAGCUGUUACUAUGAAUCCCUCACAUCACUAUCAUCACAAACAUUUGACUGAAGAACAUAAGGUUAGCAUUUCUGAACAUCUAGUGAACAACCUUUUCAACAAGUUAUGCAAUACGGAGGCUACUAAAAAAACGUAUCGCUUAACGUACGGAGAAGAAUAUGAAAAUCAAAAAGACCCUAUUGUGAUCGAUUAUGGAGAUUUCGUCAAAUAUAACACAUUUCAAAUAGGAAAUAUAAAUUUGGAUAACAUUGUUUACUCCUCCUUGCUUGGUAUGCCGACAAAUAAUUUAUGGAACAAUCAAAGUCGACCAGACGGUGAAAACGAGGCCAAAAUUAAUUUUCAUGUGAAUGUUUUAUUAUCAUGUUUUGACAGGGAGGACAUUGAAACGGCCGAGUUGAAUAGAUUGGUAAAUAUUUUAGCUUGCCGCAAAUUGUAUAACCAUCGAAGUUCAUUAAAGAAGCGGCAUUUACCGACGACCACUCUAACAGAGUUUAAGAAAACCUAUUUAAAGCGUAGUCUUGUUGCGGAACCUCUGCCUGCAUGUCCUUCUUUAGCUGCUAGCGGCCAUAAUCUAUCUCCAUCUUUUCCGUCUAUGACAAGGAGCGAAAAUGAUUAUGAAUGCGCAUAUUCUCAAGAAGACCCAGAUCCCGAAAUCCGUCGAUUAAAACACCUUUUCGAUUGUCCAGAUAUUAGUGGAUUAGUCACAGCUGCUGAAAUUGAAAAUAAACAACCUAUCUCCAAGCACAAUAUUAUUGACGAUUAUGACUUUUUUGAAGAUCUUUCUGGAACCUGUGCUUUUCAAAUUUUACGUGACGCGUUUAACAAAUUCAACUGUGUUGACUAUAAAUAUUGUGAGGUUACUGAUUGUUUCAUACUCAUGUUUUUCAAUAGUCACGACAAGGAAGGUAUAGCGCGUGAAGAGUGGCGAUGUCAUUUACCGACGCCGCUUUGCUUGCAAGAUUUUUUUGAUUUUAUUCUAGACGAGCAUUAUGACUGGAUACAAGCUGAAGAGAAAAUUUAUGACGAAAAUCUUUUAUCCAAGGCUAGGUCAGAAUCUAAAGAUGUGAUUGAUCCUCUAGCAUUAAAAUCUUGUUUAUCAACUACUGAUGUUGAAAAAGAAUUGUUAAUGGAUGGUUCUAUAAAACAAGACACCCUUAAAAAACGCCUUCUUCAAGAAGCAGCAGAAGAUGCUCUCCUUAAAAAAUCAAAGUCACAGGUUUCCGUUAAUUUGCUCUCAAAAAGUAAUACUAAACUUAAGACGACUUCAUCACAACGAACAGUUGGACAUUCGCAGAAUGAAAAUGUAGAAUUGCAAGGGUCCACUGACACGAGUAUAGAAGAAAAACCUUUCUUAGGUUAUGACUUGGGAGACAGAAGAGUCGAAAUUUUUGGUAAAGACGCUGUAUUUUUUUCUAAAGAUGGUACUAAAGUAACCUGUUUUUAUACUUUGCUUAUACCAUAUAAUUUGGAAUACAUAGUCUUAAACAUUUUACCUGGAAAUAGUUACAAUGAAUUUUGGUUACAUAAAGCUUUGGGGGAGGAUGUUCAACCAAGUACCAAAGAUGCUUGUGACUCGUUUAGAAUAACAAGUAAAGAUCAAGUUAUGAUGUAUUUCAAAAAGCAAAUAUAUAGUGUACCAAUAAUACCAGAUAAUAAUACGGAAAACACGCAACCUACUGAAAAAAGAAGGUCAGGAAUUGAUAAAGAGAGCUCUGUGACGGUGCCACCGUUAGAAACUAAACAUUACCACUCUCUUUAUGUUACUUGGCCUAACGGCUUGAUUACAGAAACAGUAUAUCUGCAAAAUUCACCUGUACUUUCACAUAUCAAACUAUAUCACACUACUCGAACGCCACAUCUUGAUGAGGAAAUGCGAUGUAUAAGUUUAAACGGUGAAGUAAUUAUUUUUAAAGAAUCUGGUAUAAUUAUAGUCCUUAAGCCAGACGGAACUUAUAUAAAAUUAAAUAAAUAUUAUAAACGAAUAGUCCUUCCUCCCGACCAGCAGGAAAUACAAGAUAAUAUUUCGAACAAGAGUAAGAAAAAAAGUAGGGCUAAAAUAAGCAAAGCAUCAUCAAAAUCGUCGGGCAGUCGGGUGAAAAUGUCUGAUGAUAAACCAGUGGAAGAUAAACCACUGGAAUAUGAAAUUGUAGUUAACGAUUUCGAAAUCAUAGAGACCACGGGUUUGAGACAAAAGUGCAUUAAUAAUGAUUCUUUUGACAUAGAAAAAAUGCUUAUUCGCACGGCUUCUGAUUACUGUGUGGGAGAAGUUUUUUCCAGACGCAUGGACGGAACAAAUAUUUUAUUAAACAAAGAAGGUAUACAAAUUGUUACAUUUCCUGACAAAACAAGAAUCAUUUCCUAUUACGUAAUUGAUGAGCAAGAAGUCUACCCAGAAUGGACAGACGUGGAAAUGGAGUACUUUGAAAUGUUUGAUCUUGAUACAGUCGAAGACGUACGGUCUAAAGUGUCAGUUUCACAAAAAAGUUAUACAGGUGGUCCGUACCCUGCAGGAAGCAGCGCUUCAACGUUUUCAAGAAAACUGGAUGAGGAAGAGUCGAAAAAUAAGGAACGAACAGAUGGUUACAUUUUGGUGCAUAUUGUAUAUUCAGUAGAACAUCAAAAUUUUAGUACUAUCACAAUAAAUAAUGUUACUGGUAAGGUAUCCGUGGAUUCACCGAAUGAAACAACUGUAGCGGUAGAUAAAAACAACAGCUACGAGAUAAAAUUAGAUCAUGCAACAUCGGCUACUUUUAAUGCAGAUGUUUUAAAUAUAUCUUACGAAGCCUGUUCUGAAUGUAGCGCUUACACUCACUGCAACGUUAAAGUAAUGGAUAAACCUGAAGAUCCAACAAAUGAAGAAUUAAUAAAAAAUAAACCAGUUUGGUUGAAAAUGACUGAUUCUUUUAAGGUACAAAUUGUAGUAAAUGACGAAGGUGCUAUCAGCAUUUCAGAUGAAGCGACAGCUUCAGAGGAUGAACGGGUGGAGAAUUUGCCUAAUGAAGAGGAAGGGAUAAAAGCCCCAACUGAAACCGAAGAAAAAGAUCCUGAUGUGAAAUCUGAGAGUUCCGUCGUUUCUCAUGGAAAGUGCAGAGAGAUGUACUUAGCUAAAAAGUUCAGAUUUUUUGUCCUGAAACGGGACCUAAAUUGUGCAGAGCUUCUCCAUAGAGCAUUACUGGAUGAAUACAAGCGUUCUUGUCGAUGGCAGCCUUGGUGUUCCAUCAAUUAUUACGAUACAUUUGGAGAUCACAGGAACCUUGUAUCUAUUCUAACUCCGAUCCAUCGAACGGAAACUGAGAAAUGGUUGAUGGAAUCGAAAUUGGCCAACAAACCCAAGUUUCUCCAAUACAAAGACCUGAAAAAAGAUUCUGGAAAAGGGUUUUACCACUGGAUGAGACCUUACGAGAGAUUUGUCGCUGAGCCUACAAGGCCUUGCAAUGUUUUGCCAGAUGGUCUCCCUAGAGCAUUUAUCCUUAGGACUUUAGAACAAGAGUGGAAUGAAACACAAAGAGAGGAGCUAGGAGGAGCGAAGGAGCUGAUUAGAGCAGUGCUCCGCUACCGAUGUAUCAUGGAGGCUGACAGCGAGACCAUCCUGACCGUCCCUAUCAUAGACACCAGAGAUGAAGACGAACGCAAAAUUGAUGACAUCAUACAAGCUCUUGCACAUAAGAUAUACGAAGACCUAAGAGUUACAAUGGCUGACGAAAUUCAGAGACGAUCUCGACCUUCCAUCACUACGAAACCAGCUCCAGAACCCGAAGAAUUGUCUGUUCUUGAAGAAAUGGAAGAAGAUGAAGGAAGACACAUAGAAGAGGAACGAGAGAGCUCUCUGAGGGAGGUUGAUGAAGCUGAACACAUGAGUCCCUGCCUGCAAAGAUACUGGCGCCGCCGCAACGAGGAAUACAAAGAAGAACAAUUUUAUUUGUACCUUCUCCGACAAGACAGUGUGCCCCCAUACUUCCAAAAUGUUCUUGGCGGUGCCAUUUGGUGGGACGUGAACAACGCGACCGGUGACGCAGUCAGCAUAGCUGAACGACGCAAGAUGAAGUGUGUUUGUGCUCUCGAAGACGAAGCUACUGCCAGUGACACUCCAAAUCCCUUCACGUAGACAUUUUAAGUCUCUUAAGGUCCAUCAUCAUCAUCGACAAUCCGUGAGAGUCUAUUAUUAGAUCACGGGUCUCCUACAUAAAAGAAAAAGGGGUUUGAGGCGUAAUCUCUACGUUUGGCUGUCGAGUUGAAGUUCGCAGUUUCAAUUAAGAGCUGAUUUUUCCAUUACCAGAUUUUUAUCGGAGAAAUAAUUUAGAAUUUUUGACAUGCACACUCUUUGAAAUCCACACUAAAAACUUUGGUACCUAUGGAUUUUAUUGAAAAAUCUGUCUUAAAGUUUCCCACAGAAGCCUACCGCCCAGCCUCUGUUGAAUAUGUAGUCCCUUAUCCGACUCUUAACGAUUUACCUAUGGAAAGCAAUGAUACUCUUAUUAAGUAGGGAUGUAUUUAAGUUUAAAUUAUCCGUUUCCUAAGCAUUAGGUGCUGAUUUAGUUUUCACUGUUUAUUUUCCUUAUUUAAGCUCCCUAAUGGUCACCGAGCGUCAAACUUGCUUAGGAACUUAAUGUGUUUGUUUGUGUCGAAGAUACACAUUGUUAAUUAGAUUUCUCCUAAAUCCUUAUUGGCAAUUGUGUUAAGAUAUAUUCAAUUAUUGUGUUUUCGCACACUCUUAUACUUUAUCCAAGCGUUGUUUGUUUAUCCGGAGAUGCAGACUAUCUAGCGGGUUUAACGGGGCUCCGGCUCGAAAACCAGGAGUAGGAACGUGGUGGUUUUUAGUCAGUAAGAGUCGGACACUCCCUUUCGCUUCGCCCAAGGCGGGAGAAGACAUUGGACGAAUUUCUCCUCUUAUAAAAAGUGUUGUUUGUUUCAAAUGCGGGAUAAAGUUGGUUCUUUAUAUGAACCUGUGUCUAAUGGCAACGAUGAUGAUGAUGAAUGACAUGAUAACUACAAUUACUUACAUACCACAUCAAGUAUUAGUAGUAGGUUCUGAGGAGCUUUAGUUUUAGUAAAUUAUAUUUUUAUAAUUCUUUGUUUAAAUUAAAUAUCGUUUAUUUUAAACUAA